AUGGCGCGAAAGGAUUAUGCGGCAGAGAAAGAAAAGUGCAAAAGGUUCCUGCAGGAGUUUUACACAGAGGACGGCAAUGGGAAGAAGGUGUUCAAGUACGGAGCACAACUUGUGGCUUUGGCCCACAGGGAGCAGGUGGGCCUCUUUGUGGAGCUGGACGACGUGGCUGAAGAAGACCCUGAGCUGGUGGAGAGCAUCAGUGAAAACGCCAAACGCUACACGGGCCUGUUUGCCGACGCCGUCCACGAGCUGCUGCCAGAGUACAAAGAGAGAGACGUGGUGGCUAAAGACUCUCUGGAUGUGUACAUUGAGCACAGGCUGAUGAUGGAACAAAGACUGCAGGACUCUGCAGAUACCAGAGACUCCCGAAACCAGUACCCACCAGAACUCAUGAGGAGAUUCGAGCUCUACUUUAAACCUGCGAGCACCUCCAAGUCCAAAGUGGUGCGCGACAUCCGAGCCGACAGCAUCGGUCAGCUGGUCACCGUUCGGGGCAUCGUGACCCGCGCCACUGAGGUCAAGCCGAUGAUGGCGGUGGCGACGUACACCUGUGACCAGUGCGGCGCCGAGACCUACCAACCCAUCCAGUCUCCCUCCUUCAUGCCGCUCAUCAUGUGCCCCAGCCAAGAGUGCGUCACCAACAAAUCUGGGGGGCGGCUCUACCUGCAGACCCGGGGCUCCAAAUUCGUAAAAUUCCAGGAGCUGCGAAUUCAGGAACAUAGUGACCAAGUGCCAGUAGGCAACAUUCCCAGGAGCAUGACGGUGUAUGCACGCGGCGAGAACACGCGUCUGGCCCAGCCCGGAGACCACGUGGCCAUCACCGGAGUCUUCCUCCCUCUGCUGCGCUCCGGCUAUAGUCAGGCUAUUCAGGGACUUCUAUCAGAAACAUAUCUGGAGGCUCACAACAUCACCCUAAUGAACAAAACUGAAGACGACGAGCUGGCGACUGAAGAGCUGAGUGAUGAGGAGCUGCGCAGCAUCACAGAGGAGGGAUUCUAUGAGAAACUGGCCGGUUCCAUCGCACCCGAGAUCUAUGGACACGAAGACGUGAAGAAGGCUCUCCUCCUGCUGCUGGUUGGAGGAGUGGAACAGGCUCCUAAGGGCAUGAAGAUCAGAGGCAGCAUCAAUAUCUGCUUGAUGGGAGACCCGGGAGUAGCAAAGUCUCAGCUGCUGUCGUACAUCGACCGCCUGGCUCCCAGGAGCCAGUACACCACAGGUCGGGGUUCAUCCGGCGUCGGUCUGACGGCAGCUGUGAUGCGUGACCCCCUGACUGGUGAAAUGACCCUGGAAGGCGGAGCUUUGGUCCUGGCCGACCUGGGUGUGUGCUGCAUUGAUGAGUUUGAUAAGAUGGCAGAUGCUGACCGAACAGCCAUCCAUGAAGUGAUGGAGCAGCAGACCAUAUCCAUUGCAAAGGCCGGCAUCAUGACCUCCCUCAACGCUCGCUGCUCCAUCCUCGCUGCGGCCAACCCCGCCUACGGCCGCUACAAUCCCAGGAAGAGCAUCGAGGCCAACAUUCAGCUGCCGGCCGCCCUGCUGUCCCGCUUCGACCUGCUGUGGCUCAUCCAGGACAAGCCGGAUGCCGACGCUGACCUGCGUCUGGCGCAGCACAUCACCUACGUCCACCAGCACUGCCGACAGCCGCCCACGCACUUCACGCCCAUCGACAUGAAGCUGAUGAGGCGCUACAUCGCUCUGUGUAAGAAGCGGCAGCCCGUCGUCCCGGAGGCCCUCGCGGAUUACAUCACUGCUGCCUAUGUGGAGAUGAGGAAGGAGGCCAGAGUCAGCAAAGACACCACCUUCACCUCUGCUCGUACCCUCCUCUCCAUCCUCCGCCUCUCCACCGCCCUGGCCCGGCUUCGCAUGAUGGACACGGUGGAGAAGGAAGAUGUCAACGAGGCCAUGAGACUCAUGGAGAUGUCAAAGGAUUCGCUGCAAGCAGACAAGUCCAGCGCGACGAGGGCCCACCGUCCAGCUGACGUCAUCUUCUCUCUGGUGCGGGAGCUGGCCACGGAGAGCGCGGCGGGUCGCGGCGGUUCUGGCGGCGUGGUCCGCAUGGCUGAAGCGGAGCAGCGCUGCGUCUCCCGGGGCUUCACGCCCGCUCAGUUCCAGGAGGCUCUGGAGGAGUACGAGGAGCUGAACGUGUGGCAGAUCAACCAGGCGCGCAGCCGCAUCACCUUCGUCUGAGCGGUCCCUUCCAUCUUCAGAGCGAGGACUCCCUCUGAAUGUGGUCAUAAUCCAUAUGUGUCGCCGCUUUUAUGGUCCUGUGAACGGCCACAGUGCUUGUAAAUAUGUACGUCAGAAGUUAGUAUUUGUUUAUUCAGGUCACAGCUCCUUGCAUCAGUUGAUGCAGAGCUUCUCUGUACAUUUAUAAUUGCAAAUGUUAGAAAACUAUAAUAAACCUUUCAAAUCUG